AUGGAUUUUGAUCCACUAUCUCUAUUCACGCCCAGCGUGACCAAAGAAGAUUAUUCUGAGAUCAGUCUUAGUAGAAGUUUGGAUGAUUAUUCAGAUAAUAAAGUCUUGAUUGAUUUUGAAGACAACCUUUUUCAACCAUUGCAUGUACUUGACUUGCCCUUAUUACAGUUGAAACCGCCGGCAGAAGUCCUCCUAAUGUUUUUGAAAUUAUUGUCCCCUGACGAAGUUUACAAUUUUACUAAACCGGAGAGUGUGAAUGAUGAAGAUAAGAAAAUCGAUACUUGGAAAACUUUCGAAAACAAAGAAAUUACAGAAGAAUUACUAAACACUGCAUUAGAAUGGCUAGCCAACUUCUGUCCUAGAUUUAGCAAUAAGUUAAAGUUAUCAUAUAUACCGUUUUUAAGUACAUCGCUUAAGAGGAAUUAUGAAAGUCAAUAUAACGCAUGGUUGACACGAAUAAUUUCUAGUCAAUUACCAUGGGUUACAGAUUCGGAGUUUAAAAGAAUAAUUAGUAAAGAAGCAUCUUUGAGACUAGCAGAGAAUUGUGGACGUACAGCGCAACCAGAAAUUGUUAGAAAAAUAGGAUUGCCUAACUUAUCAAAGUACUUGAAGGGAACAGAAUACAUUAAGCUCAAAGAGCCAUCGUUAACAAGCGAUAAUCUCGGUUUGAAGACCUGGGGGUCAUCAUUAAUUUUGGCAAACAGAUUAAUUAAUAAGAACAAUGACGAAUAUUUAACUGGUCCAGUAUUGGAGUUGGGAUCUGGUACUGGGUUGGUAGGAAUAAUAAGUUCAAUAUUAGGAUAUGAAACAUAUUUAACCGAUCUAAUAGAGAUCAUUCCAAAUCUUCAAGAUAAUGUCCAGAUAAAUAGUAUAGAUGCUAAUGUUGACGAGCUAAAUUGGUGUGAUCCGUCAAGUUUCAUUGCAAAAUAUGGACACGACAAGAAGUUUAAUACUAUUGUUCUAAGUGAUCCAAUAUAUUCUUCCAAACACCCGUAUUGGGUUGUAGACAUGGUAGAAAAAUUUAUAAAUUCCAAAAAUAAUAAUGCAAGGGUUCUAAUUCAGAUUCCAUUAAGGCCAAAAUUUGAAGACGAGAGAAGCUUACUAUGGGAAUUAAUGAAUAAAAACUUCACUGAGAUUGAACAUGAAAUUGAAAGUGGUUUCGACGAUUUUGGUGAAAUGGGAUUUUGUUUUAAAAAAUUUAUUAGAAAAACGUCUAUAUAA